UUUCCAUUCCAGCUGCCAGCUGCUGACAGGCGUGCUUCGACGCUGUACAGGAUCAAAACCAAAAUCUAACCUACACGUUUGCUAUACUUUCUGUCUACUUACUGGACCUAAAAGCUGCACUUAACUGUUAAGUCGAAGAGAGGAAGUGUCAGCUGGAAGCGACCUGGUUGGAUGUAGCGCAGCUUGUUUUACGCACAGCUCCGUCUUAUCACAAAUGCGACACCUUUCGUGUUACCUGUCGUUCCAGGUGUGAUCAUGGCUUCCAAAGUGGACUUGAAAGAGGCGGAAAAGCUUGCGCAGUCUCUGAGUGAAGCCCUGAGCAGCGGGGAUCGCAAGGAGGCAGUUGAACUGUGUGAAAGGCUGACUGACCUCUGUGUUCCGGUAUCUGUCAGCAUCAGCGCUCAGGUCUACUCUCAGGACUCCAUAAGGUUAAGAGUUGGAGUGGAGGAUGCUCAGUCUGAUGCUUACAUCCCAGUGACUGUGGCGGUUUCUGCUGGCAUGACAAUUGCGGAACUUAAAGACAAGAUCAGCCAUGACUUUGGCUUCCACCCGCUGCUGCAGCGCUGGGUGAUCGGGAAGCGGCUGGCUCAGGACCCGGAAACGUUAUACAGCCACGGUAUCCGUGAUGACGGAGACCAGGCUUUCCUCUUCAUCCUCUCCGCACAAGCUGCUCAUCUCACACGGCAUCAACACAAUCUGGACCAGGAGCAACAGCGUAUAGAUGGUAUCAUGGAGUCCAUGCAGUCGAUGCAGCUUUUUCCCAGAGGGGUGGGUGGAGGUGAGAAGACAGCUCCUCCUCCAGAGAUUGAACAGAUCCCUCCUCCUGUUCCCCCGAAAGCCCCGAUUGUUACGAAACCCACCGUGCCUCCUAAACCUCAGUUCGGUUGGUCCUGUUCGAUGUGUACGUACGUGAACAAGCCAACACGUCCUGGCUGUGAGAUGUGUGGAGGGGAACGGCCAGAGGACUACAAGAUACCCGAAAUCUACCAGCCAGACCAGGAGGAGGCUCAACGAAUGCACCAGGAACAACUGGCCACGUUGCAGUAUGAACAGGCUCAGCUGGAGGAACGAGAGAGGAACUACAUGUACUUGUUGGCAACAGAUGAACAAAACCUUAUCCCCAACACCACAGAGACGGAUUGUCCCAUUUGCUUCUCUCCCCUGCAGCCAGGAGAGGGCAUCGUGCUUAGGGAGUGUCUGCACACCUUCUGCAGAGAGUGUCUAAAAGGGACAAUCGUAAACAGUCAAGAUGCUGAAGUGGCCUGUCCUGACGAAUGUGACAGCAAACUGUUGGACCGAGAGAUCAAAGAGCUCCUCACAGAAGAGGAGCACCAGCGCUUUCUGGAGUUGCGUCUCAGCAUUGCAGAAAGCCGCUCAGAGCACAGCUUCCACUGUCAGACUCCCAACUGUCGAGGGUGGUGCAUCUACGAGGAUGAAGUCAACGAGUUCCACUGUGAACUCUGUGAUGAAACCAACUGCAUCCUCUGCAGGGCCAUCCAUAAAAAUAUGAAUUGUAAGGAUUACCAGGAUGACCUGCGCAUCCGGGCACAGAACGACGAAGCGGCUCAGAAAACAAAGCAGAUGUUAGAGAGCCUGCUGCAGAAUGGAGAAGCUAUGAAGUGCCCACGGUGUGACAUCAUUGUCCAGAAAAAGGAUGGCUGUGAUUGGAUCUGCUGUUUGAUGUGCAAGACAGAAAUCUGUUGGGUCACCAAACAAGCUCGAUGGGGACCAAAUGGCAAUGGUGACAUAUCUGGUGGCUGUAGAUGUCGAGUCAAUAAUCAGCCUUGUCAUCCUAACUGCCAAAAUUGCCACUGAGAGAAGCACACUAAUGAACACAUGCUGCUGAAAACACAUGCACUGUCUGGAGAAAUUCAGACCUCUUCUGAUGCUUACCUCUCUGGCUUAAUACUGGCUACAUUAAUGUGUUAUGUUGAUUUAUUUCAGCCUUGAUUUCAGUGGUACACUGACAAUACUCAGUUGUCCUGCUGCUGAAGUACAUCUUUCUUUAGUAACCACAGAUAAACAUGUAAUAGAUAAGCAAUGCAGACUGCCAGCUAUCUCCUCUACAUAUGUCUCCAGCUGAGGAUACCAACUGUCAUUGUGGAGAAAAAAAAGCAUUACUGGUUUCUUCUGCCAUAACUAUACUUUUUUGUGAUGAGUUAAUGCCAUAAUAAUAACAUUCUGACCACUGGCUGUUGAGAUUGACUUUAAGUCAGAACUGGUGCUUUGAUCAGAAUGAGCAAACUCCAAACCUUUUCCUGAAAAAGUACAACUACAACUAACUACAACAAUUAACUGCAUCAAUUAAUAAGUUAUUUUACAACUCAUCACGUUGUCUGUGAAACAGCAGAACUAAAGACAAAGGAGUGCCUACAAUUACAGAUGCCUUCCAAGCCAAACUGAUCAUGAAGAUUUUCUGUUGUUUUUUUUAAGUUGUAACCUGUAAACUUUGAGUUUUAUGCUUAGUAAUUGACUAAAAUUAUUGAUUGGUUCCAGGAUUUGUGAGCAGGGAAUUUUCUUUUCACUUGACCAAUCAGGCAGUGGUGAAGGAUGUUUUAUAUUUAAGGUGUUUUCACUGAAUAAAUGUGUUCAUGAUGCAAACCAGGCUGCUCGGACACCCAGUUGACUUAAGUAUUUGGUAUAAACAUGGCAGGGUGAACAAAUAAUGAUGCUGUAUUUUAUUAAGAAUUAAAUAAAAUUUAAUCUGUAGUU